AUGACAAAUGACAUGGAUGUCAUGCAGAUAAGCCGUGAAGCGGAACAACUGCAAAUCAGCAGUCAUCCAUUUCUACGCCAUCCUUCGGUUCGCCCUCUCUGGGGACGGGAUGCACGCUUCAGCUUCUAUGCGAGUCUGGAUGCCAACUCGUCAGAACCAAAUCGGCACGCACUCAAGGCUGCCGAAGGCCUGAAACAGCUCCUAGCUUCUGUCGCAGAAAGAUCAGAAUUGCUGAAUGAUCCGUCAAAUAAGGACAAGCUCAUCGUGGAAACGGUCCAAACCAUCCAAGAAUAUCCGAUCUUUGCACGUGGCCAGGAAUAUCCCCAAGUGGCCGCCAUGCCCAUUGACUCUCUGGUGACGGCGGACAUCCGAAGCUGGGCCCGUCGCUAUCUAAACAUGGAAUUUUCCCUGCAAUCAAUUACGAAAGCAGGUACAAUGGAAGGACUGGGGAGCCUCCUGCAACAUUGUUUCGAGCCCGAAGUGAGCGCGGAAGGGAACAUGCGUGCUGAAAGUGGCGCACAGUCUCCGGGAAGCACACUUGCGGAAGUUGGAGACUGA